UGCACCAAAAUCUGAAACCCUGCAAAAACCCUAUAGAACUCUGAUCAGCAACGAACUGAAUCAGCAAAGCAUUUGAAAGAAGAAGAAACCGGAAAUGGGAAAGGUCCCACCAUCGCUGCGUUCGGCAAUUUCAACCACGCUCAUGAAAAAGCAAUCUUCGCUCGUUCCCGUAGAGUCCCCAGUCCCACCUCCCAAACCCCAUCACUUUCCUAAAAAACCUACCAGAAAAACCCCAUCACAACUCUCCCGGAAAACCCACGAGGAUAUCCCAAUAGCCCUCUUCAAAACCCCUAACCUCUCGGACGCCAAGAAGCUCUUCAACUCCGUCAUCUCCACAACCAAAGCCCCAGUCGACCUUCGAUUCCACAACUCUCUACUCCAAUCCUACGCCUCAAUCUCCACCCUCCAAGACUCCAUCUCUCUCCUCCGUCACAUGAUCAAGUCCAAUCCUUCCUUCUCACCCGACCGAUCCACUUAUCACAUCUUGCUCACACAGUCCUGCAAAGCACCCGAUGCCACGCUCGCCUCCGUGCACCAGACCCUCAAUCUUAUGCUCACUAAUGGGCUCAGUCCUGAUAAGUUCACCGCUGAUAUUGCAGUCCGGUCGCUUAGCUUGGCAGGUCGAAUGGAGCAUGCGAUCGAAUUGGUAAAGGAGUUAUCAUCAAAAGACACUAAGCCUGAUACUUAUACGUAUAACUUUCUCGUUAAACAUCUCUGUAAGUCGAGGUCAUUGAGUAUGGUUUACGAUUUUAUUGACGAAAUGCGAAACAAUUUCGAUUUGAAGCCUGAUCUUGUUACUUACACAGUCCUGAUUGAUAAUGUAUGUAAUACCAAGAAUCUCCGCGAGGCACUGAGGUUGGUGGGUGUGCUUAAUGAGGAGGGGUUUAAACCUGAUUGCUUCGUAUACAACACUAUUAUGAAGGGUUACUGUAUGUUGAGUAGGGGGAAUGAGGCAAUUGGGGUUUAUAAUAAAAUGAAGGAGGAAGGUGUGGAGCCUGAUAUUGUUACUUAUAACACUUUGAUUUUUGGGUUAUCAAAGUCUGGGCGGGUUAGGGAAGCUAGGAAGUUUUUGGGUAUUAUGGAGGAAAAGGGUCAUCUCCCAGAUGCUGUGACGUACACUUCAUUGAUGAAUGGGAUGUGUCGGGAGGGAGAUGCAUUGGGUGCGUUGGCAUUGUUAGGAGGGAUGGAAGCAAAGGGCUGUAGUCCAAAUUCGUGCACUUAUAGCACAUUGCUUCAUGGAUUGUGUAAGUCAAGACUGUUGGAAAAGGCACUUGAACUUUAUGCGGUGAUGAAAUCAGGGGAUAUGAAGCUUGAGACGGCGGCUUAUGCUACCUUUGUGAGGGCACUUUGUAGGGAAGGGAGGAUAGCCGAAGCUUAUGAGGUGUUUGAUUAUGUGGUUGAGAGUAAGAGUUUAACAGAUGUUGCUGCUUACACAACCUUGGAAAGUACACUUAAAUGGGUAAAGAAAGCUAAAGAACAAGGCCAUGCUAUCUAACUGGUUCUUUUGUUGAUUUGAGUUGUCAUGAGCAUUUCUUGUCAAAAGAAGAAGAAUGCAUCUGUGUUACAUUAGCAUAUAUUCAGGCUGUCUGCGGUGGAGCCCAAUUCCUCUUUCAGCAAUAUUACACCUGGUACCUGUGGAAAUAAAUGCCCUCAUUGGAAGGUACCGAACUUGAAGCUGUUGUCCAGCAGAUCUAUGGUACUAUCCCUUAUGGAGAGGACUUGCAGCAGUAUGUUUUAAUGAAUUGAGAGAGCAAUUUUGCCAACUUGGUCACAUGGUGCACAAGGAGACAUUGCAAAGGUGGAGGGUCACCCUCUACAAUUCACGUGUCCCUGAAUAUGAAUGGAAAACUUGAUUAUUGACUUUGACCAAAAAGAGCUGGUGGUGUACAUUUCUUUGGCUUCAUUUGUCCAACUCCACCACAAGUGGUUAAAGACUGUCUGUGUUCAAUCGGUUCACACACUAGCAUUUUAUGGAUACAGAAGUAUUGUAGUAGAUGCCAUGCCAAGGUGGCCUUCCUGUACAAUAGGCUUAAUUUAUGAUAAUUAUAAGCUUUCUUA